AUGUCCAGAGUCGGCGCCGGCUGCUCGGAGCGCCACCGCGUGGCCUUCAUCAAGACGCACAAGUGCGCGGGAACGUCGGUGCAGAACAUCAUCAUGCGCUUCGGUUACUCGCGCAACCUGACCUUCGCCGUGGGACCCCGCGACGUCUACCUGGGACACCCGACCAGGUUCCGUCACGACAUGGUCCCCGACCUGUCUCGCUACGGUCGCGAGUACCACAUCCUGGCGCACCACAACCGCUUCUCGACGCGCCAGGAGUACGCGAAGCUUCUCGGCAGGGACGUCUUCAUCACCACCAUACUGCGAGAUCCCAUGGCCAUGUUCGAGUCUCUUGCGGCCACUCUCAAGCUGAAGGGCAUACACAUCGACGACUUCGAGGAUGCACAUGGCAAGGGACAUUUUACGUCGUACCUGUCCGGUUUGCGCACCGAUUACGGCCGCAUUGGCACAAACCAGAUGGCGUUCGACCUGGGUCUGUCCACCAGUGUAAUGAACGAAUCCCAGGCCGUCGUAGAGUUCAUUCGGCGCCUCAACUCGGAGAUCGACCUGGUGUUGAUCGCCGAGCACAUGGACGAGUCGCUGGUGCUCCUUAAGAACGCGCUGUGCUGGACCACGAAGGACGUGGUGAGCUUCCAGCAGAACGCGCGGAGCUCGCAGUUGCUACCGAGCCGGAUCCCGGACAAGGCCCGCCACGCCAUUUUGACGGCCAACUACGUGGACGUGGCGCUGUACGGAUUCUUCAAAGAAAAGCUGAUGGAGGAGAUUGCGGCAUUCGGCACUGACCGAAUGAAGGAGGAGGUGUUCGCGCUACGCAAGACGCGCAUGGCCAUGUACGGCGACUGCGUCGACUCGGAAGACACGGCGGACAAGGUGUUUCCGCGGCAGUUUGUGUACCGUGCCGACGUGGUGGGCUACCGACUCAAGAACGUCACGAACGGCGUACCAGCCUCCACGUGCCGCCAACUGGCGGCCAACGAGCUCCUCUUCACCAACAUGGUACGCCGACGCCAGCUCAUGGACAUCUCGGCCUUCUACUUCGCCCGCUGGGGAUCCGGACAGGGGGCAGCACCAACCACCUCUAUGUUUUCCCCCCUUCUAGGUCAAACAACGGAGUUUGACCAUCUAGCAGGCCAGGGAGGCUAUGAGCAGACUGUGUCGCUUGGCCUCUACGUGAAUAUCGCAGAUACAGCGCAACAACAGUAG